CUGGCUUCACUAGGCCCGCGAGGAGGAGGACCGGCUGGCAGUCUCCUCCCAGGUAGGGAGCGUGUUGCCUGUCACCGCAUCCCGGCGGCCUGCGUACCUUGCCUGGCGCUGGGGCCGUGGCGCCGAGGGCGCAGACCAGCCCCGCAGCUGAGCCAGGCCUCCAGGCCUGACUGGGACUCUCGCUGGAGACCUGACUCAGGGAGCAUCCCAGGAUGACUGUCUCGCCGGGCAACCUGAAUAUGGUGGAAAAGUCCCGGAACUUCUCGGCUGACGACUGCUUCCACUCUCGGAGCACUGUCCUGCAGGGGCAGCCCUUUGGGGGUAUCCCCACUGUGCUGUUCCUCAACGUUAUCUUGUGGGUGGUCAUCGUCUUGGUUUACUCCUUCCUCCGGAAAGCCGCGUGGGACUACGGACGCCUGGCUCUGCUGAUACACAACGACAGCCUGACCUCGCUGAUCUAUGGGGAGCAGAGCGAGAAGACGUCUCCCUCGGAUAUUUCCCUGGAGAUGGAACACAGGGACAAGGGCUUCUAUUCCUGGUUUUUCAACACCAUCACCAUGAAGAACGAAGAUCUGAUUAGCAAGUGUGGAGACGAUGCCCGUAUCUACAUCAUGUUCCAGUAUCAUCUCAUCAUCCUUGUGCUUAUCCUCUGCAUCCCCUCCUUGGGCAUCAUUUUGCCCAUCAACUACAUUGGAAAUGUUCUGGAUUGGAAUAGUCACUUUGGUCGGACCACCAUUGUCAAUGUCUCCACAGAGAGCAAGUUCCUGUGGCUGCACAGCUUCUUUGCUUUCUUAUACUUUGUCACCAGCUUCCUCUUCAUGACUCAUCACUGCUUAGGGUUUGUGCCCAAGAAGAGCUACAAGGUCACAAGGACACUAAUGAUCACCUAUGUCCCCACGGACAUCCAAGACCCAGAGAUCAUCAUUAAACAUUUUCAUGAGGCCUAUCCAGGGUGCGUGGUGACCAGAGUCCACUUCUGCUACGACGUCAGGACCCUGAUUGACUUGGACGAUCAGAGGCGCCAUGCAAUGCGGGGCCGGCUCUAUUAUACUGCCAAGGCCAAGAAGAAGGGGAAGGUGAUGAUCAAGAUCCACCCCUGCUCCCGGCUGUGCUUCUGCAAGUGCUGGGUUUGCUUUAAAGAGGUAGACGCAGAGCAGUAUUAUAGUGAGCUGGAGGAGCAGCUGACUGAUGAGUUCAACGCUGAGCUCAACCGCGUUCGGCUGAAGCGUCUGGACCUGAUCUUUGUCACCUUCCAGGACUCCAGGAUGACAAAGCACAUCCUGGAGGAUUACAAGUUCAUCCAGUGCGGUGUGUCGGCCCAACAGUCCUCGGUGACCACCGUCGUCAAAUCCGACCACUGGAGGGUUGUCCUUGCCCCACAUCCCAAAGACAUUAUUUGGAAACACCUGUCUGUCCGCCGCUUCCACUGGUGGGCCCGCUUCAUCGCAAUCAACACCUUCCUUUUCUUCCUCCUCUUCGUCCUCACCACGCCUGCCCUCAUCAUCAACACCAUCGACGUGUACAACGUCACCCGCCCCAUCGAGAAGCUGAAGAGCCCCAUCGUGACCCAGUUCUUCCCCUCCCUGUUGCUCUGGGCCUUUACGGUGAUAAUGCCUCUGAUCGUCUACCUCUCCGCCUUCCUUGAAGCCCACUGGACCAGAUCAACUCAGAAUCUGAUCAUAGUGCACAAGUGUUACGUCUUUCUGGUGUUUAUGGUGGUCAUUCUGCCCUCUAUGGGACUGACCAGUUUGGACGUCUUUUUCCGCUGGCUCUUUGACAUCUACUAUCUGGAACAGGCAUCCAUCAGGUUCCAGUGUGUGUUCCUGCCAGACAAUGGUGCCUUCUUUGUCAACUACGUGAUUACGUCAGCUCUGAUUGGCACAGGCAUGGAGCUGUUGCGCCUGGGGUCACUCUUUCUGUACACCACCCGCCUCUUCUUCUCCAGGUCGGAGCCAGAGAGAGUCCACAUCAGAAUGAACCAGGCCAUGGACUUCCAGUAUGGGCGCGAGUACGCGUGGAUGUUGAACGUCUUCAGCGUGGUGAUGGCGUACAGCAUCACCUGCCCCAUCAUUGUUCCUUUUGGGCUACUCUACCUGUGCAUGAAGCACGUCACGGACCGCUAUAACAUGUACUACUCCUAUGCACCCACCAAACUCAAUGAGCAGAUCCACAUGGCUGCCGUCCACCAGGCCGUCUUUGCACCGCUCCUGGGUCUGUUCUGGAUGCUUUUCUUCUCCAUCCUGCGAUUAGGGCCGCUACACGCCAUCACCUUCUUUUCUCUCUCCACCCUUGUUGUUUCCAUGAUACUGGCCUGCGUUGGCACUUUUCUGGGGAAGCUUCGGAAAGCGUCUGACUACGAGCCCGAGGAGGAGAUGGAGACCGUGUUUGACCUGGAGCCCAGCAGCACCUCCUCCACACCAACUUCCCUUCUGUAUGUGGCCACCGUGCUACAAGAGCCGGAGAUGAACCUGACCCCAGCCUCCUCCCCCGCCCGGCACACCUACGGCACCAUGAACGGACAGCCGGAAGAGGGAGAGGAGGAGGGUGGUGUGAGGGGCUUUGCAAGGGAGCUGGACUCGGCCCAGUUCCAGGAAGGGCUGGAGCUGGAGGGCCAGAGCCAGUACCACUGA